UUUCGAAACAUCCAAGGAAGGUCUUGGAUAAAUUGUCCUGUAUUACCCUCUGACUUGGGCCCUAUUAAUCCUCAAGGCAUUGAUGACAAGUGUUCCUCCUAUAUAACUCAACUAUUGACUCGACAGUGGUAUAAGCAUGAGAAAUUUCUAUUCGUGUAUGCUAUGCUUUCUCCUCCCAUGCCGUCUUUGAGACGGCUGCAACAGGAAGCAGGACAUGUUUCUUGGGUGCUCGGUGUCUCCUCUCGUUGGGUUUCGAGCCUGCAAUGACUUGACUUGUCAGCAGAAUGGCCAGAGAGGUAUCCGCAUUGCCUGUCACCUCUCACGCUGGUUCCUGGACCGCAUGGUCGAGGUCAUAUGCAACUGGGGACCCAUUGACAGACAUCGUGUCAGCAUUCAUACGCCGCGCCUCGUGGCGCCUGACGCUGACGUAUUCGCUUUUGCAUCAAAAGGCAACGGGGAGGACCUGCGAAUGGUAUUUUCGAGAGCCGAGGCGCCGCCGUUUGACGUCAGCGCUGUGAAUGGCCGCUCCGCUCUCAACCUCGCCACGAUGGAGCAGGAACCUCGGACGUGUCAGUUCCUAAUCUAAGCCGGGGCUAACCCCCACGAGAAAGACCAAAUCGACCAGUCACCCGUCGAUCAAAUCUUGAAUAAAAUAGGUUACCUGACUGGUCAGGAAGGGGUCAGCUGAACGGAGCCUCUUUUUUUCUUGUUUUUUUGCCUCUG